AUGAAGAGACGGACUUGGAAGAUGAUUCUGGCGUGUAUUUCAGUCUCAGUAGCACUGACAUUGCGAAUACGGGACAGAUAUCAACACAUGAUUCGAGAAGAGACAUCGGAAUGCACCGGGAGCGUAGAAUGUAACCAUGACGACAACCCUGUCAAUAUUCUCGUCUUUGCGAGGAAGCGGACUGGCUCGAAACUGACUGCCAGAUAUAUCGCCAGUCACCCCGAUGUGUUUUACGUGUACGAGCCUGGAUUCAUGGUGGCUGAUCAUUUUACGAAGAUGAAGGGGAAAGAAUCCAAUGAAUUCCUAGAGGGUAUCAGGCCGAAAUUGAUCGAUUUCUUAGAUUCCAUAUUUCACUGCAACUUCACCAGCCAUCCCUAUUUUAUCUGGUAUUUAAAUAAUGUAGACAUGUUUGAAAAAAGAGGAGAAUAUAAUUUGACUCAUCCUAUUACUAUGGAAACGAUCACAGACCUUUGCGUAUCAAAGAGGCAUAAGCUCGUCAAAGUGAUUCGACUUGAUAGACUUCUGUUGACGGAACCACUCCUGAAAAGACACAACGUCAAAGUCAUCCACCUCGUUCGAGACCCACGUGGCACUGCUAAAUCACGAAAAGAGUUUGAAGGCAGUUUGAAGAAGUUGGCCGGGAACGAGGAUCAAAGUCUUGAACGAGAUGUGUUAGAGAAGGAGAUUGGUGACGUGUGCAAAUGGAUGGAAGUUAACUACGCGGACGGAAAAGAGGGGUCAAAAUGGAUGAAAAAAAACUAUAUGUGGGUAAGAUACGAAGACAUCGCCGACCGUCCCUGGAUGGCUGUGCCGAAAAUGUACAACUUUCUCAAUCUGUCUUUGCCAAUCACCAUAGAUGAAGUCAUGAAUUCGAAAAUGGAAUUUCUUCCCAAUAACGGGGAGGCCUGGAGGACGCAUGCGCAGUUUAAGACGGUUAAAAUGAUUCAGGAAAUAUGCGGAACAAGCAUUUUUGAAAAAUUCGGCUACCAGAUUGUCAACGCCUCAAGAGAGUUGGUCAGUCGUGACAAUGAACUAGUAAUACAUAUGGAACAAUUAUGA